AGCGGUGGCCGUGCGGCGGCGGUUGUUAUGGUGAAGCGUUUCCACUGAGGGUCGGCGACGGCAGCACCUGAUUCAGUUUCAGAGAACAACCAGCCUACGACGGAGGGUGACAGGCAACACGAACUCCACAGGUGAACGCACCCAAAGGCCAAGGCCGCUGUGGUGGUGAACCCGCCGUGGACCGCCGGGGGCCGACCGUUAAGACGUUCACAGUGGGGGCCUCUCCCCCCCCCCCCCCCCCCCAACAAACACACUCACCCUGGGAUUACAGCCUCCGUGGCGACUCGCAACGUCGACUCCCUCACCUUGUGGUUGAAUGAGGCCUUGUGCAAUGCUAAACCCACCUCGUGAAUGUGCCUUUUCAUUCUCCGGCGGCUGGAAACGUUUUUUUUUCCCUUCUGACUCCUAGGAAUGUGUGAGCCGGUUCCUCCGCUGUAGCUUUAUUUCUCGGCCAUGGCCUCCUGGGACGCCCCCGUCGGAUGUACACGCCGCCCUGGCCCGUCCCCCUCCGAGCGGAUCGGAGGGUAACCUCGCCACCUCGCCUCGUUCGCGGAGCGCUCGGUCGCGUUUCACUCUCACUCUACAUCGUGUUUUCUACGUGCUUGUGCUCUUUACCCCCCCCCCCCCCCCCCCCCCCCCCCCCGGUUUCUUGUCAUCGUUUGCAGAUUUGUUGUCACCGGCUUGGACUACGAUCCUUUGGACUCGACCCUCCCGGGAUUUACGUUGACGCUUAAACUGUUGGGAUUGUUUAUCUUUUGUACGACUUGGAGGUGAACAAAGAGGCCCGGGGGUUAAAGGAGACGGUGAGCCCCACCUCGCGGCCGUCAGCAUGUCUCUGACGUCAUGAGGCCGCCUUGAAUCCACCCUGUUCGCCGGAUUCCGGUUCAGAGUUUGGACGGCGACAAACCGUGCUUAAUUCACCUGGAGACAAACCUCACCUCCACCGCGCAGGGAGGUCUGCUGCUUCCAUGGGGCCGACCGGAUAGGGGUCGGAACAGGUCGACGCCGGAAUCGACCCUUAAAGGAUCUUCAAACCCCAGCAACGACGACGACAACAACAUCAACAACAACAACAGGGAGAGGCCGGGGUAGCGCAAAGGGGCGGGGCCAGGGGGGCGGCGGCGGUGGCAUGGCAGCAGAGCACGGCGAGCUGCUUGGAGAGAUGGCCACGGUGGGUCGCCUGAGUGCCACGGAGCGGCUGAAGCACGCCCAGAAGCGCCGCGCGCAGCAGCUGAAGGGCUGGGCGCAGAUGGAGAAGGACUCGACCCGGGGCUCCAGGGCCAAGGCGGACAGGAAGAAGGCCCGCACCCGGAGGGUGAAGUUCCCCGACACCAUCACCCUGCUGGAGGCCGCCUCGCGCAACGACGUGGAGGAGGUCAGGGAGCUGGUGAAGAGUGGAGUCAGUCCGGACCUGUUCAACGAGGAUGGACUCACAGCCAUGCACCAGUGCUGCAUCGACGACUACACCGACAUGGUGCAGUGUCUGCUGGACGCCGGUGCCUGCGUCAACGCGUGCGACAGCGAGCUGUGGACGCCGCUGCACGCCGCCGCCACCUGUGGCCACACGGGACUGGUGCAGCUCCUGGUGCAGGCAGGUGCGAAUUUGCUGGCUGUCAACGCCGACGGCAACAUGCCCUAUGACCUCUGUGAGGACGAGGCCACCCUGGAACUCCUGGAAGUGAUUAUGGCCGAAAAGGGGAUCACCCAGGAGCGCAUAGACGAGUGUCGAGGGGCGAAAGAGACGGCGAUGCUGACGGACAUCCAGGCUCUGGUGCAGAGCCAGGCCGACCUGAACGCACCGGACGACAGCGGGGCCACAGUGCUGCACAUAGUGUCCGCCAACGGCUACCUCUCUGUGGCCGAGCUGUUGCUGGAGAACAAGGCCCAGGUGGAGGUGAAGGAUCUGGACGGCUGGACGCCCCUGCACGCCGCCGCCUGCUGGGGACAGCUCCAGAUGGUGGAGUUGCUGGUGGCCCACGGGGCGAGUCUGGACACCAAGUCGGUCCUGGAGGAGACGCCCUUAGACGUGUGUUCAGAUGAGGAGGUGCGCGGCAAGAUCCUGGAGCUCAAGCACAAGCACGACGCUAUCAUGAAGAACCAGGGUCGCCACAAGAAUACGCUGCAGAGACGGGCCUCCAGCACGGCCAGCCGGGGGAAGGUGGUGCGGCGCGUGAGCGUGAACGAGCGCUCCAGCCUGUACCGCCGCGAGCACCACAAGGAGGCCAUGGUGUGGCAGGAGAGGGGCCGGCAGCCCGAGACCCCAGACGACGACGAGGACAAGCAGACCGACAAUGAGCUCAACCAGCACGCCGCCAUGGUGGCCGGCGCCAGCACCAGUGCCGCGCCCCCCCCUCAGAACGGCCACCCCGAGGAGCCCCCCGAGGAGCCGUCCUCGGGCCUGGGGAACGGCGGGCCCCCGGCCUCGCCCGCCGCCUCGGUCCCGGGGGAGCAGUGGGUGGGCGGGGGCCUCAUGGACCGCAGCGCCUCCUACCAGCUCAGCCCCGCCCCCGCCGUUCCAGCCGCGGGCGCCAACGGCGAGGCGGGGGCCAACGGCAACGGCAUGACCCGCGAGAAGUCAUACCAGACCCUCGCCGACCUCAAGCGCCAGCGCGCCGCCGCCAAGCUCAACAAGUACCCGGCCCCCGCCCCGCCCCUCCUCCCCCCCCCUGUGGAGGAGGAGCCCCCCGGGACGGAGGAGGAGGGAGGGGGUGGUGGCGGCGGCGGCGGCGGCGGUGACGCCGCGGGGGAGGCGGUCCGCGGUGAGCCCACCGGGGACCGGACGACGAUCGCCAUGACUACGGCGCCGGCAGCACCGGCGGUGGUGUCCACAUCGAGCCAAGUGUACUUCACCCCCGCCAGCGGCGACCCCCCCCUGCUCAAGCUCCGGGCCCCCGAAGAGGAGCAGUCCACGGCUAAGGAGCCCUGCUGUAGACUCAUGUAGACACACACACCUCCGCGUGGGCGCACCACACACACAUUAAACACACACACACACGAGCAGCCGUGUCCUUUGAGGCGUGGCAGAACAGUGUCCGGGUCAACGUUCCUUCACGGAUUCUUCCGGAGCUGGUUUUCUAAAGGUUAUUUUUUGUUUGUUUUGUUUUCUAGUUUAUGGCCUGAAGGUUUUGGCCGACCCUCCAUGGAACGAAUGUACAUUUUAGUGGUGGUCCCUGUUUCCCCUUGUCUGUUGUCAUGGGGAGCGUAUCGCCACCUGCCAUUGGCACUAAGGGUCUCACCAUUCGAAGAAGAAGCAGCAGCCUGCCUAAUGAGGCGCCUGAAUGUAGUGCAUUAGGAGCGCGACCACGACGACUUCAUAUUUUAACGUUAGGACGCCAUCUAGUGGCUGAUAUGAAAUGUUUCCAGUGUUAUCCACCUAAUCUAGUGUGGCCUCCUGCUUUCGUUGCUCUUAUUUAUGCACCCUAAUUUUUUCCUUUUAUAGUCACAGUCAAUACUGACAUUACUUUAAAACUAUCUAAAUCAUCACGGUGUGUUGGCAAGUUUAAUCACCGUAAUCUGGAUUUGAGAGUCGAGUAUUUGAUCGACUUUUUUAUCAAAGAACUUCUAUAAGGUGUUUUUGUGAUCAUGAAUGGUACCUAUUGUACAUUGAUACUCGCUCUGUAUAAGAGGUCUACGAAUGUCAAAACAAGUCCUGACAUUUCAGUUUUCAGACUGACAAUGGAGGAGUUUAUUCCCUUCAGAGCACUAAGAAAAGAAAUGUCUACAAGAUUGUACUAUAUUUCGAUAAUGCACCAUGUUGUGAUCGGCUCAGUUUCGAUCACCAUGAUAAAAGUUCUCUACAUUUCUAUUUCA